AUACGAAGUACACGAGUCGUUUAUAAAAUGCUGUCGAGAUGUUUAAUUAUAUCUUAAUAAUUUCUCCUUCCUCAAAUAUGGAUAAUCUAAGUCAGGAAAUGUAGCAAAAUAAAGCGCUGAUAAAAGUAAGAAAAUAGGAAAAGAAUGGAGUUUAUAUAAAGGAAUUUAUCUCUAGUCAUUCCUAUUCGACGACUUACCCAAUUCUCGUAAAAGCCAAUGAAUAAUGGUCAACUUCCUCUCAUGGAAGAGAAAUAGACUAAUUAUAAUAGAGAAACAUGCUCAUUUAUGAAUUAUAUAUUAAUUUUAGUAUCAGGAGAAUCUUUAUCCCGUCAGAAAAAUAAUGUCCAAGGGGGCAUUUUUAUAGGCAUAUUCUUGGCGUAUGAUAGGCCUGUGAUUAAAUACAUGUUCGCCUUUAUUUAUAGCGAGAAUCCUCGAAUUAGGCUAAUGUUCGUAAGCUCUGUGAAAGGCAUGCAUUCCUUCGGCGCUCUGAGCGUUUCCGCGAGCAACUUUGAAGAUUGUGGCGAAAAGUAGCCGAGAGACGAGUAAAUGCUUUAGGUAUUCUUACUAAACAAUUGCAUUAAAUAUACGAUACAGUUACGUAAAUAUUAAUAAGAAUAAAUCAAUUGUAAACUUAUCCAGCAUUAUAUUAAUAUUAUAAUGUAUCGUGAGACAAAUCAUCUGGAAAACGAAGUUUCUUUGUUGACUAUAUACAAUGAAUGUACCCUAAAAUAACACAUAAUUGAUAAGAAAAAUAUUCUUUAUCAUUAUUUAAAAAUAACCAAUAGUUUUUAGGGAAGGAGCAUCUGGAUGAUUGUUUGUCCCAAGCUAAUUCAAUUUUACAGUACUCACAGUUAGCAGGCGAACAUUUGCAGUUGGUUAGCAGAACUGUAAAUCGUCCUUAAAUUCGACCAACAACUGUCCGCCGUAUCUGUGGUAUUUUGAAAUGGUCUAUAACAUUGAAAAGUUCAAAAACACCUCUUCUAAAGUAAAUUUAGCGCCUCAAGAGUAUAAAGCAUGUAGUAGUCUUGUAAACAGACUAAAACUCUGGAAUAUUGCAACAUACUAUUUUUUUAUUUGCAUUUAUAAGUUGAUGCGAUAGAAAUUUCCAUAUUUUCUCCAUCAAUUAAAUGUAUUAGGGAAAUCCUCUAAGAAACAUAAAAAAAUAGCUAUCUAUUCCGUUAAAGGCGAGAAAAGAGGAAAUAAUAAUGAGUUAGGAGCCUGUUUCGCGACUUAACUAAUGAAAUAAAACAGUAGUUGAGAUAUCGUAAAGUAUAAACAAGUCAAUCUUGUUUCGUAGAACGUGAGAAGUGUUUGUCGGAACCUCUUGCGUUUAUUACGCUGAUUUACUAAAUUCGUAUAAACAUACACAAGUGGGAUUCGAAGGGCGUUGUUGAUUACACAGACACUUCUAUAGAAUUCUAUACAGUGAGAAAAUUUUGUAAACAAUAUAUAUUCGCUACUAAGUCUUGUCUAAACCUCUUAAUAGAAAAGAAGUAUGCAGUACGAGCGUCUCUGCUAAUUAUAAAUCAAUAUUCUACAAAUGCAUUCCGGAACAGGGGUAGCGACGGAUAACAAUAAGACAAAUUAUCUAUUUUGUUCGCCUCAUUUCGCCUACCUGUCAGUGAACCUUUCCACAGGCAAAUCCCCAAAUCGGGGAGUGACGCGCAGAAAAUUAGCCUCAUUUGUUUCAAACUGACUUCUACUCUGUUAAAAGAAUAAAAUAUCCAACUAAAAAGUCAGAAAGGGACGCCUCUUGUAUUUUUUUUUAGUUACAAUAUAAAAGCGAUGCUUAAUGAACGCCGGAGUACUGGGUCAACAACCCAACCUUUGACGUUGAAACGCUCUCUUAAAGUACGACAACCUUUUAGGUGUUUUUUUUGGAGGCUGGGCUGUGCCUUCUUCUUACACAAUUUUUUUUUGAUUUUUAUACUCGGUACUCAUUGCUUGUUUUACGGAAAAAUAGUGACUGACUGCCCGCAGGUCAAGUGCAGCCGGGUGAAGAGAUGCGAUUAGUUAAACUCCUUUUACUCCUCACCACACUAGCUGUCGUAACAUCUACGAAAAGCAGAGGCAGCAGCAGCUUUAAGCACAAAAAACUAUUGAAUAAAGACAAUUACGAUUCAAGAAGAAGUAGAAACCAAUAUGGCCACUCUACAGGAUACGGUAGGUUAUAAAUGUCUUGGUAGACAGAGAAAGCUUUCAUGUAUUUUGUUUUCUUUUUUUUGUUAAAGCACGAAUCUACCUUGCCACCCCCUACGUAGUCUCCCUCUUCUCCCCUUUUAUCAUACUUUCACUUGAUCUUAUCUUAGUUUUCUUUAUAAUUGUUACAGUUACUAAAAAGAAAAAAAAUACUGAAUUUUUUUAGUUCUUUUCUCUAAUUUUAUUUCCCAGGACCUGAUUAUUCUCUUAUACCAAGAAAGAGGAAGGCAGUUGUUCCUGAUGAGCAACGUCUUCUUGAGACUAUCCUCUAUGAUUACAACACAGCCGCCAGACCCGUAUAUAAUGCGAGUAAGACUGUAACUGUGAAGUUUGGUCUGACCCUUACCCAAAUAGCCGAUAUGGAUGAAGUAAAUCAAGUAUUAACAACUAACGUGUGGCUGGAACAAGAAUGGACGGAUGAACGAUUAACGUGGGACCCGAGCGAUUACAACGGGUUAGAAGUGUUAAGAAUCCCUUGUCAAAGAAUCUGGCUUCCGGAUAUUGUUUUAUAUAAUAGUGCCGAUGACUUUACCGAGGGCUUUAUGCAAACUAAGGCUAUGGUUACGUCUAAAGGCAACGUUUUUUGGCCGCCUCCAGCGAAAUUGCGUUCUAGCUGUAAGAUCGACAUCACUUACUUCCCGUUCGACGAUCAGAAAUGCCAUAUGAAGUUUGGUAGCUGGACUUAUGAUGGACAUCAGGUGGAUAUAACCAAUCGCUCUGAAGUAAUCGAUUUGGAUAACUACGUGUUUUCUGGAGAAUGGCAAUUAUUAUAUAUAAAAAUGAUACGUAAUGAAGUUCAUUAUGGAUGCUGCGAUGAACCAUAUCCGGAUGUAACUUUCUAUAUUGUAAUGAGAAGGCGAACUUUAUAUUAUCUGUUUAACAUAAUAUUCCCAUGUUUGUGGUUAACUGUGCUAUCGCUUCUCGGCUUCUGGUUGCCUCCAGACUCUGGUGAAAAGAUAACUUUGGGUAUUACAGUACUAUUAGCCUUCUCAGUUUUCAUGCUGUUAAUUGCUGAGAGUAUGCCUGCAACGUCGGAAUUUGUACCCCUAAUAGGAAUCUAUUUAACCGUUACAAUGGCAAUGACAUCGUUAUCGAUAGUUUUAACAGUGUUCGUCCUUCAACUACAUCAUGUCGGUCCACAUCAGAAGGCAGUGCCUCUAUUAGUGAGAAAGUUAGUAAUCGAGGGUAUAGGUCGUCUAUUGUGCAUGAAAUCGCACUUGAAACACUACUAUACCCGCCAAACGGAUCAGAACAGAGCUGACGAAAUAGCUCUAUCAAAUUUAGAAGACCAGAACAACGGACGACUUCGAUCUCACGUUCCCGACAUACAGGUCGGUUCAGCCGACCGCAACGUCUCAUAUGACGGUUUAUCCAAUCAUUUACGUAUUCUCGUCUCGAAAAGUGGCGACGAAGAUGACAUGCAGGACAUUAUUAAUGAUUGGCGUCUAGUUGCUCACAUUAUGGAUAGAUUUUUAUUCUGGCUCUUUCUCAUCGGGUCCUUCCUAUCGUCGAUCACAAUUCUCGUUUUCUGCCCCCUCACUAAACCUGCUGUAUAAAAACAUGGCAAGGAAUAUAUUGUACUGUUUGCUCGUCUAUUAAGCGCAGGUUAUAUGCAGCAGUCGUUUCUUAAGAUGCCUAAUUAGCUGUAGACACGACGAAAGAAUCGGGAAUGUUUAGCCGAGAUUCCUUCUUUGAUGGGGUGGAGGAACAAGCAAUUUAUCAUGAAAAAAGCUACGAGCCCUCUCAUCGUUACCAUAUUCCCUAAAAUUCAGGCAAUUCUGAAUCAUUUUUACGUUUCAAUCGUUCUGCUAUGUAAUUGUUUGUACUACAUGUUAUCAGUCGAAAAGAAAAAAAUUAACAAUUUCAAGUUUUCUAAUCAAGUUUAAAUGACUACAAAACUGUAUUUUGAGAAAGACACGAUAACGCCAUCUACAGUCCAUUUAACUAGAAAAAGCAUAUUCCACCAACUCUUCUGCCCUCUUCUUUCUAUCAUAAACGCUUACCCCUUCGCUCAUCUUUGCUCUCUUGGGUCGAGUAGACAUUGUUCGAUUCCUUUUAUUCGAAAUCCACGAAUUCACUUGAUUAACAGUAAGACCGCUAAGACGCGACAUGGUUAUUUUAACCAUUUGAGUCAUAUAGGGAUGAUGAGAAUUCUUCGCCCACCAUUCUUCUAAAAUCUUUGUGGCCUUUGGGUCCAGCUUAUAAGAACCGCGAGUUCUACCUGAACUUUUCGCUUUAACUUCGUUUUGCAUUUGCCUGUGAGCCAUAUUAUAAGGCUCAUAUCUCUGGUUAGGCUCAUAAAACAUAUUCGAUCGAAUCAUGUCAAAUUCUUGCUGGAUUCUUUGCGUUAUUGAAAUUAAUCGAAGAUCAUGGUCGAUUUGUAUCCCAUCAACUUUACUACUGUAUUCUAUGUCAUUAGGGUCGACUUUAGAUAAGUCUGCUUGCUUAUGGUAAUAGGAAAGAUGGCGUUGCUUGUAGUAAUAAUUCAUCAGGUCGCUUAUUUGAGAAUUCCUGUAAGCUCUGAUUUCGGCAAAUUGCCUCUCCAAAUUCACGUGCAAGUUAUACACAGUCCUUUCGAUUUCUUCUCUAUUAUUAACAGUAGAAAUUAGAGUAUGAGGAAUAUUUUGUAAUUGAUUAUCCUUCGGUAAUUGAUUGUCCGUUGAACUUGAAGAUUCUUCUGAUGAAGUUGAAGGAAAUGGCUGAGAGCAAAUAUGAUGAACUUUCUGAUCACCUGCUAUAUAAGUAUGUAAAGCUAACUGCAAAGAAGGAAAGAGAGGAUUACACCGAAUUUCAUCCAACAUGUCAUUGUCUUUUAUCCCUUCGUUACUUAGCAAAAAAGCCAUACUUUUUUUUAGCUAAAGUCAAUUCUGCUCGAAGUUCAUUACUUAAAUGAACGGCAUCUGAUCAAUGAAUGAGUUUAGAACAUUGACAGGCGUAUUGAAUUGCAAUCGUUAUCACUUUCCAAAUAGUUUAACGCAAACUAAUUAUGCAAACUCCGCCCAAUAUUUACACUGAGCGCUAACGAUGAAAGAAGGAAAUUUGCUUAUUGUGUAAUCAAUUAAGGCUGGAUUGCGC